ACGAUCGGUGGACCGUCUGACGAAACAGGUUUGUGGUUGAGUGAGACAGAGUGAAUACGGCAAGUAGUUUUUACAACGGUUUAUGGGUGGCGUCACUCAGAACUGACUUGACAAUUGGAGAUCAGCUUUCCUGAACUAGCCACUAAGCCAGAUGGCCUUUGGAGGCUUGGUUAUGUACGUUACAGAAAUACAACUUGUGGUUAUCAAAUUGUUAAACCAUGCUGAACAACUACAACAUUAUAUCAAUUGAAAAAUAUUUAUUUACUCAGUGUGUGGAGAAACAUUAUGUUGCUAUCGUUGCAGAAUUCGAAUUUUUAAUACGCCAACUGAGACAGUUGAUUUGAACCGAUCUCAAGAAAACAGUUGGAGUUGUAGCCGAGGUGAAAAUAUACAAAAGUGUGGUACGACUGAAACUUGUGCGAACCAUCACUCGCCUAGUCGCCAUGUCUUCAUUACAGGAGAAGGUGUUUUCAAAUGCUACCUAUCACCAAGACUGGUUCUGGACUGAGCCAUCAGAGUAUUCCGACGUAGGUUGUUUAAUGUCUUCCAAUUUCACUUCACCGGAGGACAUCGUGGAAAACUCAUACAGUGAUGGGCAGGUGGCUUUCGUGACAGUGAUCCUCCCUAUCGUCAUGGCCAUUGGAGUGCUGAACAACUCUGCUUUCAUUUACGUUGUGGCACGAGUACCUCGAAUGAGGACCGUUACUAAUUGUUAUCUCGUUGGGCUCGCUAUUGCUGAUAUACUGUUCCUGGUUUUCGCCAUAGGGAGCAAAAUAUGGUGCUACAUUUACUCGCCAAUCUACACUGAUGACACCCCUCUCGGACUGUCUGGGUGCCUCCUCACCCAGUUCAUCAUUAACAUGUCAUACUUUGCAACAUUGUGUUUCAUCACGUUGGUGUCAUGGGAGCGUUAUAAUGGCGUUUGCAGGCCACACCGUAAAAGGGAUACAAAACUUACAGUCUUCACACUCGUUGUUAUUUCAACUCUGGUAUCCAGUCUUAUAUCUGCAUCCCUAUUGAUGAGUUUUUCCAAAGUCUAUAUCGAAUGCAUAAUUUGGCCGGACAGGUACCCCUACAACGAGUGGCCCAGGGUAAGAUAUCUGUUCUACCCUAUGUACGAAUGGUCCGAAAGGUACUCAUACGGUGUACAAACGAUUCCAUUUUUCUGUUCCCUCGUAACAAAUGCAAUUUUUUACCAUCAAAUAAUAAGAGGUCUUGACAAGUCCAUGAACCGCAGUCAUCAUUCAAAUCAUCGCAUUCACACAAGAGACUCCUCCACACGUAACCAAAUAGCCCGGAUGUUGGUUAUUAAUGGGGUUGCUUUAUUUGCACUUUUGGCGCCUUUCGAGAUCAUGUCCUUAUUUCAUCUUGUCGGAAUGCUCCGGGGCGACCAGUUCUUAUUACCCCAAGAGGUGAGAAUAUAUCUGGUUGCUGUGGCCAGAGUAACUUCCUAUUUCAAUGCGAUCGUUAACCCCGUGAUAUAUACUGCGUUGAGUAGCACGUACAGAGAGUCUUUCAGAAUUUCAUUUUUUCCGGCACAAUGCCGGCCUAGCCAAAGACAAAGGAUAGAGAACUCAGUACGUGGAAGUACAGUAACUGUCCAAUGUGGCAUAUCAUCAAGGACUCAAGAAUCUAGAAUGUAGUACUUUGCGAAACACUUUAUCUUCUUAAGCACGAAAGUUUAAAAUAUGUGUGAUGGCUUAAAAAGUGUGACACGAACUGAACACUUUAUAAAAUAUACAAGAUGCAUGCCACCAAAUUUAAGCUUCAUCAGUUACAAACUGAAAAAAA